AUGCCAUCACGAUCCAAUACAUUCCAAGAAGACUUGUCGAACCACGGUGUUACCGUUAAUAAAGCAUCAGCAUUGGCAAAAGAGAUCGCUAGGGAGCCAAAUGGCGCACGUACGCUUGGUCACCCAAGACCAACAGGAGUACUCACCCUGGCCGAGAAAGCAAAGUAUCCCGGUCUGAUACUUCAACCUGAUAGCUCGCCUAUCUCGGAAGAACAACUGACUACAGAGAUCAAGGGCAUUUACGCGGGGCUUGUAAUGGUCGAGGCCAAAUGUAUCAAUAUUGACGCCGCACAGGCUGCGGAUCCAAGCUCCAAGCUCGACACUAGUCAGUGGCAAGCACUUAUUGCACUACAUCGUACGCUCUUAUACGAGCAUCAUGACUUUUUAAUGGCAACGCAGCACCCGUCUGCAACCCCAGCAUUGCGAGCACUGCCAACUAAAUACGCCAUGCCCGCAAGAAUGUGGAAGCACGCAAUACAUGCUUUCCUGGAAGUUCUCAGGCACCGCAGGCCAGACUCGCAAGAUUAUAUGAUCUCGUUCAUCUACCUCGCUUACCAGAUGAUGGCUCUACUGUACGAGACUGUGCCAGUCUUCCUGGACACCUGGAUCGAGUGUUUAGGUGACCUUGCCCGCUAUCGUAUGGCUGUGGAAGAGGAGAGGGAGGCGCAUGCUCAAUGGGGCAGUGUGGCGGCAUCCUGGUACAUUAAAGCGUCGGAUCGUCAUCCACAGGUGGGCAGAUUGUAUCACCACCUCGCGAUUCUG